CUCCAGUCACAUGGAAUGUGUGCCCCGAUAAGCUUUCUUAAUUACAGCCCGACCCUUGAACCAUCGCUCGCACGUGUACUCCAUCUAACACUUGCUCCACCUGCCUCUUGCGCCGCUAUAAACCUUAAUCAUUCCAACCAUUUUGGCACAAACUCCAUUGCAGGCAUUCAUUCGCUGAGAACAGUCCCAAAGCUCGCCUGCCCCUCUCUCACUAACAAAAUGCCUUCAGGGAAGAUGACCAUGGAGGAGAUUGAGGCUUUCAGGAAGGCCCAGAGGGCCGACGGCCCUGCAACAGUCCUCGCCAUCGGCACAGCCACUCCCCCCAACGCCAUUGAACAGAGCGAGUACCCGGAUUAUUAUUUCAGAAUCACCAACAGCGAGCACAAGGUCGAGCUCAAGGAAAAAUUCAAGCGCAUGUGCGAGAAGUCGAUGAUAAAGAAGAGGUACAUGUAUCUGACGGAGGAGAUCUUGAAGGAGAACCCCAACGUAUGCGCUUACAUGGCCCCCUCGUUGGACGCUAGGCAGGACAUGGUGGUGGUCGAAGUUCCCCGCCUGGGAAAAGAGGCCGCCACCAAGGCCAUAAAGGAAUGGGGUCAGCCCAAAUCUAAGAUUACCCACCUCCUCUUCUGCACCACCAGUGGUGUCGACAUGCCUGGCGCCGACUAUCAGCUCACCAAGCUGCUGGGCCUGCGGCCCAGCGUGAAGAGAGUGAUGAUGUACCAGCAGGGCUGCUUUGCCGGCGGCACGGUUCUGAGAGUCGCCAAGGACCUCGCUGAAAACAACCGUGGAGCCCGAGUUCUGGUCGUUUGUAGUGAAAUCACCGCUGUGACCUUCCGCGGACCGUCUGACACCCAUCUCGACAGUCUUGUCGGGCAGGCUCUGUUCGGUGACGGUGCGGCGGCUGUGAUUGUGGGCGCAGACCCUGUUCCAGAAAUAGAGAAGCCCUGUUUCGAGCUCCUCUGGACUGCGCAGACAAUUCUGCCUGACAGUGAGGGCGCCAUUGAUGGGCACCUGAGAGAGGUCGGUCUGACAUUCCAUUUAUUGAAGGACGUUCCUGGGCUUAUCUCGAAGAACAUUGAAAAGGCUCUGGUGGAGGCCUUCCAGCAGUUCAAUAUCUCCGACUGGAACGAACUCUUCUGGAUUGCACACCCCGGAGGUCCGGCUAUUCUGGACCAGGUGGAGUCGAAGCUUCAGCUGGACCCGAAGAAGAUGAGGGCGACCAGGCAGAUUCUGAGCGAGUACGGGAACAUGUCGAGUGCCUGUGUGCUCUUCAUAUUGGACGAAGUCAGGAAGUCGUCGAAGGAGAAGGGAUGUGCAACCACUGGAGAAGGACUGGACAUGGGCGUUCUGUUUGGAUUCGGGCCUGGACUCACCGUGGAGACUGUCGUUCUCAAGAGCGUGCCGCUACAGUAAGUUGGAAAAGCCAGGUGCUGCAGGUAGUGUCUACAUAAUACGUAAAAAUCCCGUCUGUUUGUAUUCGUGUGUUGGUGUGAAAUGCGCAUCCUGAGAGGCAGAUAAAUUUUUGCCUUGCUUUACUUAUCUCUUCUUCUAUAAAAAUCAUGUAAUGUUUGGACGCUUCUCGCAAAUAUAGUACUUUGGCGACAUUUGGCA